ACGCACGUUACAUAAUUUAAACCCUAAUUACACAUGAAAUUCACACAUUAUUAAAACACAAAAUAAUACACAUUGGUUUUUACCGUAAUAUAUCAUAAUUAAUUACACACGUAUUGUUACAAUCUUCUGUCAAACCAACUAACCUCCCUUCUUCUCUCUCCGGUGGUUUUCCGGCGAAGCCAUACGCCGCCGUUGAUCCGUCAUCUGAAACGAUCAUACUUCACACAAUAUCUUCUUCCACACAUUCAGAUCUAACAUUUUGAUCACCUAAACAAAUCACAUCUUCAAUUGACCGGUUGUUGAAGCUACUGGUUCAAACCCUAGGCAUCGUCAUUCUCAUUCGAUCUUGUUUCACUCACCGUUAUGGCUUCCAAAAUAUCAUCUAGAUCGAGAGGAGGAACGCCUGCGAAGAGCAAUUCGAAGGAAACCGGUCCCAAACUGGAAGAAAAUCUGAAUAUCUUCAAGUCCGAUAAGUUUGACGCUGAUGCGUUUGUUAACUCGAAGUGUAAUUCGUUGAACGAGAAGGAGAUCAGGCAAUUAUGUUCGUAUCUUUUAGAUCUGAAGAGAGCUUCUGCAGAGGAAAUGCAUAGGAGUGUUUACGCUAAUUAUACAGCAUUCAUACGCACAUCAAAAGAGAUAUCAGAUUUAGAAGGCGAACUACUAUCGAUAAGAAACUUACUAUCUACUCAGGCUACGUUAAUUCACGGUCUAGCUGAUGGGAUCCACGUGGAAUCAUUGUCUGUCACUGUCCCACGUGGAUCAUUGUCAAACGGUGUAUCUGCUGACGUGGAUCGAGAUCCUUCAGACUUAGAAAAUUGGUUAAUCGAAUUCCCCGAUAUCCUCGAUGUUUUGAUAGCCGAAAGACGAGUAGAGGAAGCUCUGGCUACCCUUGAUGAAGGCGAACACGUAGUUUCUGAAGCAAAACGAAAAAAUUCGUUGAGUCCUGUUCUGUUAACGUCUCUCCAAACUGCUAUAACUGAAUGUCGGCAAAGAUUAGCGGAUCAGCUUGCAAAUGCUGCUUCACAACCGACCACACGCGGUGGUGAGCUUCGUGCGGCUAUUACCGCUCUUAAAAAACUUGGAGAUGGUCCACGGGCCCACAGUCUACUACUCGAAGCGCAUUCUCAACGGCUUCAAUCCGAAAUGCAAAAUCUUCGUCCGUCAAGCACGUCAUAUGGUGGAGCAUACACAGCGGCUAUUUCACAACUGGUGUUUUCUGUUAUUGCUCAAACGGCAAGCGAUGCUAAUGCUGUAUUUGGUAAAGAACCGAGUUAUAGCUCUGAGCUUGUGAUGUGGGCUACGAAACAAACGGAAUAUUUGGCUCUUCUUGUUAAACGACAUGCGCUAGCUUCGUCUGCUGCUGCUGGCGGAUUACGGGCUGCUGCUGAAUGUGUACAAAUAGCUUUGGGACAUUGUUCUUUGUUGGAAGCUCGUGGUCUGACACUUUGUCCUGUGCUUUUGAGGCUUUUUAGACCUAGUGUUGAACAAGCACUUGAUGCCAAUUUGAAACGUAUUGAAGAGAGUACUGCUGCAUUGGCUGCUGCUGAUGAUUGGGAUCUUUCAAGUACAUCCCAUAAUGCCAUAAUACAUCAACAUAAGCUCUCAAGCAGUGCUCAAAGGUUCAAUUCUAUGGUCCAGGAUUUCUUCGAGGAUGUGGGGCCACUUCUAAGCAUGCAGUUGGGAGGAAAAAUGCUAGAGGGAUUAUUCCACGUAUUCAGUUCAUAUGUCAGCAUGCUCAUAAGAGCACUUCCGGGCUCCAUGGAAGAAGAAGCAAACUACGAAGGAUCCGGGAACAAAAUAGUUAGUAUAGCCGAGACCGAAAGCCAGCAAAUGGCAUUGCUUGCAAAUGCAUCAUUGUUAGCUGAUGAACUAUUACCCCGUGCAGCCAUGAAACUCACCCCUGGAGUUCAAGCUAUUUACAAUGAUGACCCUGGUAGACGACCUUCAGAUCGGCAAAACCGGAAUCCCGAACAAAGGGAAUGGAAACGACGCCUUGCAAGCAUUGUAGAUAGAUUGAAGGAUAGUUUCUGCAGACAACAUGCUUUAGAACUCAUUUUUACUGAGGAUGGUGAUACCCAUUUAGCUCCAGAAAUGUAUCUAAACAUGGAUGAAGGUGUUGAGGAAAUUGAAUGGUUCCCUUCUCAGAUAUUUCAGGAACUUUACGCAAAGCUUUACAGGAUGUCUGCUAUAGCAACCGAAAUGUUUGCUGGUAGGGAACGUUUUUCAACAUUGUUGUUGAUGAGGCUUACGGAAACCGUCAUCUUAUGGCUUUCAGAAGACCAAUCGUUUUGGGAUGAAGUUUUAAAAGGACCAAGGCCUUUAGGUCCACUUGGCCUUCAACAGUUUUAUCUGGAUAUGCAGUUUGUCAUUUUGUUCGCUUCCCAAGGGCGUUACUUAUCUCGAAAUUUAUAUCGUGCUUUGAAGGAGAUCAUAGAUAAAGCACUUGCAGCCUUCUCUGCAACGGGAAUGGAUCCAUACAGUGUACUUCCUGAGGAUGAGUGGUUUAAUCAUAUGUGUCAAGACGCAAUAAAUAGGUUGAGCGGGAACCCACAAUCAGCCAACGGUGAACGAGAUCCAAGCAGCCCAACUGCUUCUGUUUCCGCACAAUCAAUAUCAUCCGUCAGAUCUCAUGGCAGUUCGUAAUCAGAUUGAUUCCCCUCUUGUAUAUCUGGCAUCUGCAACAUAUUUCUUUUGUAAUCAUAGAAUUUUAUUUUACAUUUUACAUUUUACGCAUUUUGCAUUUGUUUCUUUUGUUUUCACCAAACUUUCGAAAUUCUUUCAAUUCUCCAGUAUUGGGAGCAUCGCGGCAUGUAAAUCUAUCUUUUUUCC